UUAACUAAUUUAUUCAAGCAGAGGGCUUUUCCCUUUUAAAAACAGCCCUUAAGAAAGGCUCCAGUUGCACUUGACCCGUCACUAAAGCAGACACAAAAUUUCUCCACUGCCGGCACAAAGAGAUUUGGAGUGAUGGCUCUUUCAAGAGCACUCAGUUUCUACAGGAGUUUUUCCACGGUUCCUUCGCAAUCACUACGUGUUUGCAUCGUGGGGAGCGGGCCUGCCGGUUUCUACACUGCCGAUAAGAUAUUGAAAGCUCAUGAAGGCGCUGAAGUUGAUAUAGUUGAUCGGUUACCUACGCCAUUUGGAUUAGUCAGGUCCGGUGUCGCUCCUGAUCAUCCUGAAACUAAGGUUGUGACAAACCAGUUUUCUCGAGUUGCUCAAAAUGGACAUUGCUCGUUCAUAGGGAAUGUGUCGCUUGGAUCCUCGAUAUCUUUGGCUGAGCUGCGUGAAUUAUAUGAUGCAGUGGUGCUUUCUUAUGGAGCUGAAAGUGAUCAAGCUCUAGGAAUACCUGGAGAAGAGUUGGCUGGGAUUUACGCUGCCAGAGAAUUUGUUUGGUGGUAUAAUGGCCACCCAGACUGCAGAAAUCUGGCACCAGAUUUGAAGAGCUCAGAUACUGCUGUUAUUAUUGGUCAGGGAAAUGUAGCUCUUGAUGUGGCGCGUAUCCUUUUACGACCAACUGCUGAAUUGGCAACAACUGAUAUCUCCUGCCAUGCUUUGGCAGCUUUAGGCGAGAGCUCCAUCAGAAAGGUGUAUUUGGUUGGAAGACGUGGACCAGCACAAGCAGCCUUCACGGCGAAAGAGCUGCGUGAAGUUCUACGUAUCAAGGAUCUAUCCAUUGAAAUUCGGCAAGAAGAUUUAAGUAAAACGCCGGCAGAUGAGGAAGAACUGAAGAAUAACCGUAUUAAAAGGAGAAUUCAUGAACUGCUAUCUAAGGCCGCUACUCCGGCAACUUCCAUAUGCAGUCCAGGUCAAAAAGAACUGCACUUUGUUUUCUUCAGGAAACCAGACAGGUUUCUGGAAUCAGAUUGUAGAAAUGGUUAUAUUGCUGGUUUGCGCAUGGAGAGGACUAUUCUUAAAGAAGAUGUUGGAUCUGGGAAACAGAUUGCAGUUGGUACUGGACUUUUUGCUGAAAUGGAAUGCGGGCUGGUAUUGAAGAGCGUUGGUUACAAGUCGAUACCUGUUGAUGGCUUGCCUUUUGAUCACCAUAAAGGAGUUGUUCCAAAUGUUCAAGGACGCGUGUUAAGCGAAGCUUAUGGAGACGCACAAGUCGAGAAAGGCUUGUAUGUAUGUGGGUGGUUGAAGAGAGGACCAACUGGGAUAAUUGCUACAAAUCUUUACUGCGCUGAAGAAACUGUUGCUAGCAUAUCAGAAGAUGUAUUGAGAGGAGCAGUAACAUCAAGAUCUGGCUUAUCGAAGCCUGGCAGAGAGGGCCUCCUCCAAUUGCUAGAUAGCAGGAAUGUGAAAGUUGUUACAUUUGGUGGCUGGGAAAAGAUCGAUAAUGAAGAGAAAAGGAGAGGGAGUCUGAAAAACAAACCCAGGGAAAAACUUACCACUUGGCAGGAUUUACUAGAAGUUGCCACCAAGUGAUAAAAAUGUUUCCAGGAGGACAGAUUUCUUCUCACAUAUGGUCGUUUCAUUGUAAAACUUGACCUCGAUAACUCUUUCAGCUAAGUUGCAUUUUGAUUGGCCCUUGGCAUAUAGAAGAUUGACAGUGCAUUCUAAGGAAACAUGAGAAUAAUCAGUUCCCAGCCUAUUGACUCUGUUUUGAGCCCUUCUGGUCCUGAAGCCGAUACUGACUAACCAGGUUGAGGCAGAUGACGAGUUUUGUGCUGUUGUAACACAGCCAUCAUUUGGAGUUGAGCACUGUAGCUGUAUUGAAGGCUCAGCAUAUGCAUUUUUCAUUUGUCCUAGUGUGCUUUUGACCAAAUGGAAUCCAUUUCAGUUGAGGGUAUUGCAAGGAUAGAACGAUCCAAAGUCCAAACCCACUUGUUUUUGCAUCGCUUCCUCCAAUUUUUAGUAUUAUAUAACUAAAGUACUACAAUUUCUCUGGUGUGGCAGUUGCCCAGAAAUUGCUUGAAAAUCAAGGAGAUGGAUGAAUGCAACUUCUGUGAAAUGCCGUAGCAGUUAGCUAUUCAUGUAUCGAACUAUGAGAACUAGACCAUUGUUAGGAAUGUCCCUGUAACUCUAGAUUUAUUUAUUUUCUACCUAAUAUUUUUUGAUUAUUUUUUUGGGAACGUAUCUUUUUCGAA